AUGCCGGUGAUGAAAGGCUUGCUAGCCCCACAGAAUACCUUCUUGGACAACAUCGCCAACAGGUUCGACGGGACACAUAGCAACUUCCUUCUGGCCAACGCACAAGUACACCGUGGCUUCCCCAUUGUGUAUUGCUCCGAUGGAUUCUGUGACCUCACUGGUUUUGCCCGAACAGAAGUCAUGCAGAAAAACUGCAGCUGCCGCUUCCUCUGUGGCAGUGAAACCAAUGAAGCAGUUCUGCAACGCAUUGAAAAAGUGUUGGAAGGAAAGCAGGAAUACCAGACAGAAGUCUGCUUCUACAAGAAGAGUGGAAUAGCCUUUUGGUGCCUGCUGGACAUUGUCCCUAUCAAGAAUGAGAAAAGUGAAGUGGUCCUUUUCCUCUUCUCCUUCAAAGAUAUUAGCAAGAAUCGUGGGAAGAAUCAUCUCAAUGAAAAAAAGGAAGGUAAGGAUCCUCAAUGCAAGAAGACAAGGAGCUCUCAUUUGUGGGUGGCCAGGAAACAAGGGCGAACUGCUUUGAACCAUCUCACCAGGCAGUUCAACAAGAAGGAAAGGACAGAGAUGAAGAUAAACAGUGAUGUCUUUGAAAACAAGCCCUCAGUGCCAGAGUACAAAGUGGCCUAUGUACAGAAGUCGCGCUUCAUCCUUCUUCACUACAGCAUCUUUAAAGCCCUGUGGGAUUGGCUCAUCCUCCUGGCUACUUUCUAUGUGGCAGUAACUGUUCCCUACAAUGUCUGCUUCACUGACGCUGAAGACAGUUUGACAGCUGCCCGCAGCACCAUCGUCAGUGACAUUGUAGUCGAGAUGCUUUUCAUUGUUGAUAUUGUUUUGAACUUUCGGACCACGUAUGUUAGUGAAUCAGGCCAGGUGGUUUAUAAUACACGUUCAAUUUGCCUCCACUAUGUGGCAACAUGGUUCUUCGUGGACUUAAUUGCAGCCUUGCCGUUUGACCUCCUCUAUGCCUUCAAUGUUCCAGUGACAUACCUGGUACACCUGUUAAAGACUGUCCGUCUCCUGCGCCUGCUCCGCUUGCUCCAGAAAUUGGACCGCUAUUCCCAGUACAGUGCCAUGGUCCUGACCUUGCUCAUGUCCAUGUUUGCCCUGCUGGCUCAUUGGAUGGCUUGCAUCUGGUAUGUCAUCGGCCGGCAGGAGAGCAACGACCCUGAGACCUGGGACAUUGGCUGGCUCCAUGAAUUGGGCAAACGAAUUGAGUCCCCCUAUGUCAACAUCUCUGUGGGUGGACCAUCCAUACACAGUGCUUAUAUUGCCUCCCUGUACUUCACCCUCAGCAGCCUGACCAGCGUAGGCUUUGGCAAUGUCUGCGCCAACACAGAUGCUGAGAAAAUCUUUUCCAUCUGCACCAUGCUCAUUGGUGCUCUGAUGCACGCCGUGGUCUUUGGCAAUGUGACAGCCAUCAUACAACGCAUGUAUUCAAGACGCUCCCUCUAUCAUACCCGCAUGAAGGAUCUCAAGGACUUCAUCCGUGUCCACCGCCUGCCCCAGCAGCUCAAGCAGCGUAUGCUGGAAUACUUUCAGACCACAUGGUCUGUCAACAAUGGCAUUGAUGCAAAUGAGCUCCUGCAUGAUUUCCCAGAUGAACUACGGGCUGAUAUUGCUAUGCAUUUGAACAAGGACAUCCUGCAAUUGCCGUUGUUUGAAAGUGCCAGCCGUGGCUGCCUGCGGGCUUUAUCCCUGCAUAUCAAGACCUCAUUCUGUGCACCCGGAGAGUAUUUACUACGUCAGGGAGAUGCCCUGCAAGCAAAUUAUUUUGUAUGCUCAGGAUCCUUUGAAGUCCUUAAGGACAACAUUGUGCUGGCCAUUUUGGGUAAAGGAGAUCUUAUUGGUGCUGACCUGCCCAGUAAAGACCAAGUCAUCAAGACCAAUGCAGAUGUUAAGGCACUGACCUACUGUGACCUCCAAUACAUCAGCCUACGUGGACUUUUUGAGGUUCUGGAGUUGUACCCUGAAUAUUCUGCCAAAUUCAUGGCAGACAUCCAGCAGGACCUCACUUUCAACCUACGUGAGGGUAGUGAGAUUGAGGGGCUUCUCCGGUUUUCCAGAUCUCCACGUUUAUCCCACGAGAAGACCCUACCCUCCAUUCAGGAGUACAGUGAGGACUCUGAUGACUUCUUUCAGCCAUCACCUGCCACAAUCACACGUCGAAAAAUCAUGUUGCCCAACCUCAACAGCCCAGUAAGGCGGGGCUCUCUCAGCAGCCUUCUGGGAGAUGAUUUGCGUCAGUUCUCUGCCCUGAGGAGAACUUGUCGGUCUCCAGUCCGCUGUAACCGGGUCCGCAGUCCUUCUCCACGAAGCCGUCAGGAGGAGCAUCAUUUUGACAGUGAGGAGCUCAUUGGCCAGAAGCCUAACAAACUCCUCAUUCCCUCUCUCACACACUCCGGGCCUCCAGACCUCAGUCCCAGAAUUGUUGAUGGCAUUGAAGAUGACAGAGGAGCAUCAGAGACACAAACAUUUAGUUUUAAUGUGGAACAACCCCAGCAGACUUUGGUGCAGGAUCCUAUGCUACCAGGACCAACCAAUCUCGUAUUAGCUACUGAAAGUGAUGAGGUAAAGCACAACAUCAGAAAGCUGAAUCAAGAGAUAAACAACCUGAAUCGGGAAGUUUCCCAACUCAGCCAAGAGUUACAGCAUCUCAUGAAUCUUCUUCAGAGCCAGCUUACCACUCAGUCUUUCUCCAACCCUACCUCAGUCUGCCUUCACAGCUGUGAGCAGACAUCGCCUUCCCUGUCUCCUGUAAGCAGAUUGCCUUCUUCUCGGACCUCAGUUUCCCUGCCACCUCAUAGCCUUCUGGCUUCCUCCUUGCCUAUGCUCCCCAGCCUACCAGCAUCCUCAAGCCUUGAUUUUUCUGCCUUCACCAGCUCUCUGCCUUCUACUGCCUCCCAGGACAUGGAAUUCUUUGAACCCCAAGAGAGGAGGGGAUCCACCUCUUGUGAUUCUGUAAGUUCCACAGAUCAACCUCGGGCUGACAAGGAACUUGGUGAUCACUCUGGACAUACAGUUAAUAUGACUGCUCAUUCUAGCUCAGCCAUGUUUUGUCCUGUCACCUCUCUUUCCCCCCAAAAUUCCUUCCCCACCUGUUCAGGACAGGGCUGUUCACCACCAAACUUUUAUUUCCGCUCUAGCGCGGAGAGCUUUCACUGAUGCCAAGGAGCCUUUUGCCACAACUUUUUCUUUUAGGAUAUUUGGUGCAUAAAUUUCACAGCCACCAGCACCAAUUUUCCUGUUUCUUAAAAUGCAUAUAUUAUUAUUACUACCGUAUUUCUUUUUAAAAGUUAUUCUUUUGGAAAAUUAUAUAUUCUGACAGCUGAAAUAUUUUGGUUUUCAAGGUCCUUAUAAAUAACAGUUAUGCAACCAUUGAUUCAGAAAUCUUGCAGAUAUAUUUUCAAAGCAGUAAUGUUAUGAAUGUCUUGUCAGAAUCAGAACAGUCAUAUUCUAUUUAUUUUCCUCAGACUAAUAUCAUUGGCCAAUGGGCAUCUUGUUACAUACAUAUUCAAACUCUUGAAUAUAUGUGAAUUAAGGGACCAUAGGACUGAUCCAAAGCAGUGAAAAUCUAAAUGAA